UAAACAUCCCUGCCAUUCAGCUAUCAUGUUAGCCGAAGCAGUCAUAUGUAAAUAGCUUUACGAGUUUAUGGGAUGUUAGCUUGGUUUGAUUUCUUUUAUGAGUGUUUUGUAAUUUUUAGUUUGCACCUGGAUAUAUAUCUAAAUAUAAUGGACACCAAGAGUUGUAUUUGAAGGUCGUUAUUGUGUUUUUCAGUACAAUUCGUCAGGUUAGCUGCUUCGGUGGAGUAGCCUGUUAGCCAUCGCGGCCAUAACGAGCAGCACAACAAACACUGAGUCAAGCCCACGAGUCAGCGAGUCGACGUUACACAUUUCUGCCAUCGUCAUCAUGGAGAAGGCUGAUUUCUUAAAGGGACUUCCAGUCUACAAUAAGAGCAACUUCAGCAGAUUCCACGCAGACUCAGUUUGUAAAGCAUCUAAUCGAAGGCCCUCUGUUUACCUUCCAACACGGGAAUACCCGUCUGAACAGAUUAUUGUAACAGAGAAAACCAACAUCCUCUUGCGUUACCUACAUCAGCAGUGGGACAAAAAGAAUGCAGCAAAGAAAAGGGAACAGGAUCAAGGCGAGGGGGACAGCCCGGCACCCCCGAGGAAAAUUGCCCGGACAGACAGCCAAGAGAUGAAUGAGGAUUCAUAAACUGCGUGUGUGUGCUUGUGUGUGAGAGGGUGUGAAAACACGUGUACAUACAAGGUGUAGCCAAUAUGAACUGAUGAACACAAAGAGUUAGGUGAGCCGGAAUAAAGACGUAGUAACUGUGAUAAGAGGUGCACUGAUCAGGAUUUUCCUGGCUGAUCGAGUCAAAGUCCAUCUUAAUGUCUGUUUUUAUUUUGGUUUUGAUUGACAGAACAUGUUGACUCCUCGCUGUCUCAGCCUGUACACCCGUAAGUGUUCGUAUGCAUGCUGAGCUGUGGAUGUGUGUUCUGAAUGCGUGAAGUGAGUGAGUAUUAAAGUGUGUAGAUAUAAGAUGGAGCCAGACUGGGCAGAAAAGGUCAGACGCUACUUUUAAAAACUAAACGUCGUAGUCCUCUGUUGCCUGGAGAGUCUGCUCUGAUCCACGUGAACAUUUUGUUACUCUGGUAAUUUUAUUACAACUCGUCGUUGUUAAGCUUCCUGCCAGCCGCAGUGCCCACUGUUUCACUGCCCACUUUGUAACCACUAGGGGGCGCGUUAGCAUCUCUGAAACUCUGCAGAACCAUAAAUGCACUGUGACAAAGAGCACAAAGUUUAGCCAUUUCUUCCAAAACCCUCCCAUAAACUGUCGGUAGUUUCAUAUCUGCUUUAUAUUCUGGGACAGGAGCUCAUAGGACUUAGGUUGUUAAUUUGUCUGAGAUUCAUCUUUACACCUAACAUCUGGCUAAUUAUGGUUAUAAAAAACAUGGGAUUUUCUUAGAGGAAGGAAUUCGGGUAUAUUCAGAUGCACAGAAUGUUUUAUUUGAUUUUUCUGUAAAUAUCAUCAAAAUUAGUUUAUAUAAUUAAGUAUGUUUGUGUUUUCCUAAAUAAAAACCCAUGGAUACAAUAGGAAAAGAAGCCCCCUGAUGCCCAUUAGAUGUUAUCUUGUUUGCAUGUUAUUGUUUUCAUAGCUGGAUGUUAUGUUUUAGCACUGAAGGGAGGUUGUGACGCGAUCUUGUAUCAGCCUAGAGGCCUUACAAUUUCUCAUCGUGGUUCACAUCGCCUUUAGCUGCCCCAGCUUGGCUGCGUUGUGCAUCUUCCGGUCUUGGAAGGUUUUGGUUAGAGAUCCAGCAUGAAUACUCACAGAUUGGGAUGAAAAGUGGAUAUGUUGGUGUUUUCUGCCACAAAAUGCACAUCAAGCAUGGACAGCAGCAUUCAGUCCGAGUCCUACUCUCAGUUUAUUCUGGUGUCAUAAACUGCAGUAAGGUUUCUUGUUCUUAUCACUGCCCAGCAGUCACGUCGGAGCCUCCUGAUAUUUUAUCAACCGAUGCAGCAGUGUAGAUAACCAGUUUCGUUUUAAUUAUAAAACAUGUUAUGCUUCUGCUCUGAUAGACUGUUCAGCUCCACUCUAGGCCUUGCUCCCAUACUGCGUGUUUGAUCAGAUGUUCCUUUAAGCUUUGCUUAAAUAAAGCUUGACUGAAACUUGA